GCUGAAGACCACAAUUCCGCGGCGUCGAUGGCCACCUUAUCAUCGCUAGCUCAUUUUCAUUGAUAAAAUCCAAAGAUGUCGGCAACUACAAAUAUCUACAAGGAGAAUAUCGACUUCGCAGCACUGGGAAGAGAAGACCCAGAUUUUGGCAAAUUGUAGGUUCCCAGUCAAUUGGAAAUUUUGUCCCCGGUCUUUGCAUUUACUUGUGAGCAAUUGGUUCAAAGACCUUUCAUUAUAUCUCAAUUUGUUACAUUCUCGUUUUGCACCAGCUGAACGUUUUCCAGCUUGAAGUCAAAUGGUCAAUUGGAUUUUAGCGAUCCUAAAUCAGUCCAGCAGCUCACAAAAUCUCUGUUAAAGCGAGACUUCCAUCUGAAUUUGACGCUUCCAGAUGACCGGCUCUGUCCACCAGUAAGUCUACUUUGGUCUCCGAUCAUGUCGAGUUUAUAUAUAUCAUUCAUUAGUCCAAGCUGAGUGAUUUAAGGUGCCUAAUCGAUUGAAUUACAUACUUUGGCUGCAAGAUCUUCUUGAUACAUCAAGUGAUAUGUAUACGGAUACUUACAAUCCCAGUCGACAAAUUCAUGGGCUAGAUAUUGGCACAGGAGCAAGUUGUAUAUAUCCACUUUUGGGUUGUGCUCAACGCCCUUUGUGGAGAUUCACCGGAACAGGUUUGCAUCCUUAUUCCAUCGUUGGAGAUGGCUAUUAAAUUGCUUCAGAUGUUGACGAUAGGAGCAUUACCUUCGCUAAAACGAAUGUUGAAAUUAAUGGGCUGCAAAAUCGGAUUCAGCUGAUCCAGACCAAACCACAGGACCCACUGAUACCUCUCGAUGAGAUAGGCUGCGAUAGGUACUUAUUACUUUUUCCAUAGAAGAAAUGGUGUUUUGUUGAUAAGUCCAAGUUUAGACUUUACUCUUUGCAAUCCGCCAUUUUAUACUUCAGCUGAAGACUUAAUUUCCUCUGCGUCCCUCAAACAACGUUCCCCAUUUACGGCCUGUACUGGCUCCGAGACAGAAAUGGUCUGUGAAGGUGGUGAAGUGUCUUUUGUUUCAAGGAUGAUUGAUGAAUCCUUACAACUGCGAAAUAGGGUUCAAUGGUAUACUUCAAUGCUUGGAAAAUUCUCUAGUCUAUCUAAAAUCAUUGAGCAGCUGAAGGAAAAUAAAGUCGACAACUAUGCCGUCACGGAGUUUGUACAAGGCAGUAAAACGAGAAGGUGGGCAGUUGCAUGGAGUUUUGAUGAUAAAAGACCGAGUAUGGCAGUAUCUCGUGGGUGCGGAAGUUUACAAAAGAGUUUAAUGCCAUUCCCAGCAGAGCAGACGAUUGCCGUAGGUCUAGGUUGUCCAUGGAUUCGAUGUUGUGUAUUUUGAAUGUUAACUGGUCUCUAGAUUAAUGCGCAUGAUAAAACCGCCAUUGCUGAACGUCUACACCACACGUUAUCUGGACUCAUCCCUCUAUGGAGCUGGGAAUCGAAACUCUUCGCAGGUAUAGGCUUCUGUGACAAUGCUGUCUGGUCUCGAGCGUCACGAAGACACAGAAGUGAUACUAAUGAUGGAAAGUCAACUGCUAACUCGGAACUUUUGCCUGAAGAUAUGUCCUUUGGUUUUAAGAUCUCCUUGGAGACACUUGAGGCAGAAGCUGAAGGAAGUAAAGUUAUUGUUCGGUGGUUGAAAGGUCACGAUAGUGUGCUUUUUGAGAGUUUUUGUGGCAUGAUAAAAAGAAAGGUACAAGACAUAUGAUGUCAGAUUAAUUAAUCCAAAUUACUCCCUGUCGAUUUGGGGUGGAGAGGCUUAAAAAGAAGUGAGCUGUGGAGUUAACGGCAAUUGCAACGGAAUACGGACGAGACAGCAAAGAAGGCGCAACGGAGUCAACAAUCCUCCAAUAUAGUAAAUCAGCGCUGAGAGCUGAGAGAUUGAUGUGUGUGAAAUUAUUUGGUAUGGGAGAACAAGCAAAGGAGAAACGAUCAGAUACUGGUCCAAGAUGACUAGUAGGAUACAACAAUGAAUUAUAAAAGGGAUGGAUGACUUCCAAAUGCGAGAUUAAGA